GCAAACGUUACCUUAUAAUUGUGCGCAGUGUUGCGCGCGCACCACUACCGAACGCAAACUCCGCACGCUAGCACGGAUGACGUUCUUUUUUUAAAAAUCGCGCGGGAAAGUUCCUAUGCAUAUAAUUUGUGACAUGUGAUUUUGUUAUGUUGGACACAAUGAAUGCAAUUCGUGUUUUGGUGUUUUGUGUGUGUAUGUAUGUAGUAGUUGGACAAGACAUAAAUCAAAUGGCUAACAUGCCAAAAUACGACUCAAGAUACGAUUAUUUAGAUGUAGACGCUAUAUUUACAAAUAAAAGACUUGUGAGGAACUAUGUGGAUUGUUUGAUCAAUGCGCAAAGGUGCUCUCCUGAAGGAAAGGCGUUGAAAAGGAUACUGCCAGAAGCGUUGAGAACGAAAUGCAUCCGGUGUACCGAAAGGCAGAAAAUAACCGCUGUGAAAAUAAUCAAGCGGUUAAAAUACGAGUACCCUGAAGAGUGGGCCAAGUUGUCCUCACGGUGGGAUCCCACCGGGGACUUCACGCGGUACUUCGAAGAGUUCCUCGCGAAGGAGAGCUUCAAUACCAUACCUGGUUCAGGGUCUACAGUGAACGAGGUGGCGGUGACCACAGCGACCCCCGCGCCGCUCACCAACCCGCCACCAUCAGUGAUACCACUGUCGGCCCCGUCCACACCGCCACGACCGAUUGUUCUUAAUAGAUUCGGUAGCGAUGGUGAGUUGAUGGUGGGCAGCUCGUCUUCAGGGGUCGCGACUCCUCGACCAACAUCUCCGCAGACCACCAUGAAGCCGACUACGACUAUGCGACCAGCUAUGCCGACUAGACCAACGACAUGGGCCGGCAGUAACGCUAUGCCAACGCGUUUUACACUGCGUCCGACGUCCACGUCCGAUCUGCCUAUACCUUACUCCACCGCCAUCACGUUCAUCGACCAAAUCGGCAUCAAGAUCAUCCGAACGACCGAACUCGUCACCGACAUACUGAAGAACACAGUGCGGGCUGUUGUUGGACGGUAAAUACGAUGAACAGCUUGCCUUAUUAGCGCUGAGACGAGCUAGAUUGAAAUGUGUGCCAAUUUUAGCUUCUUGUUUUUAUGUUUAGGAGUAUUUGAGAAAUCAGUAUGUUCCUUAAAAGCAACGCAGGUUUUUUUUAGUUACUGUCACCAGAUAUGAAUUAAACCAAGUUACCAUCAGAUAAACUGCUUUUCUUCGUCUUUAUAAGAAGGGCAGUGAUCCUUAGGUUCGCAAUGAAGGUAGAGGCAAUUGACGUCGAAGUUGUUUUUAAAGGGUGGCUUUACUCAUUAAGUUAGGGAAAACUUCAGACCAAAAAAUUUGCCGUUAAAAUAUUUUUCAUAGUUCAGAUGUCCUUGUUAAAAAUUCAGAAGCAAUACGUAGAUACGCAAAAAUGAUCCAACCCAAAUGGUCGAAAAUGAGCCGAGUAUGCCAAAUUAGUUCUAGCCUAUAAGGACUAUAUUUUCCAUUAGUAAAAAAAUUUAAUCAAAAUAUGUUAAUUUGAACUUUUUAUUAACAAAAUAUAAAAUAUAAUACCAAUGAGGAAAAAUACGAAUUAAACUUCAAUCUUCACUAUAUUAAAAGUGUAAUUUUGUGGGCUUUUUGCGUAUCUGGGUCCGCUUGUCAGUUUCGUCACUAUAAAAAUAUGAAAGAAAGAAAAUAUGAUACAAUCUUAUGACUAUUUGUACCGUCAAAGCUAACACAAUGAGAUUAUUUUUGUCUGAUUUUUUUCUAUAUAGUUUACUUAUCGCUCGUACUAGCGCUAAAUAAGAUUUUGUUGUAAUGAAACAUGUGAGAUUUUAUCGUAACUUAGUGGAAAUACCACCGAAAUUUUCGGAAUUAAAAAAAAAAUGAAUCAAAAGUGAAAUAAAUAAAUUAAUAGUUGGUUAAUACUUUAAAAUGAUUUGAGAUUCAUUAAAUAGAAAUGUUAUAUUAAACAUUAUUGUAGAAAUGAAUGUUCCAAUAUACCUUUAAAACGAACUCAUUUUUAUAGAACUUCUUAGCAACUUAGAAUUUUUAAACACAGGUUAGAAACAUAGUUAUUAGCAUAGUUCGUAAGACAUAUUCUCAUUACAUAUAAUACCCGUCAUGUACAUUUAAGUGUUAAAUUAUUUAUAUUUAGUUAUAAAUCGAAUAAGUGAUACAUUUACGAAUAUAUAAUUUGAUUUUUAUACGAUGUGAGUCAGUGCAAUGACUAAAUAAAUGCUUUUAUAUCAA